AUGUCUGACAAUUGCCGUGUGUCUGAGGCUCUGUACGUGGGUCUGUGUGAUUAUAUAGGGACACAGACAGAAGUGACCGCCAGGAGGGAGGUGAUGGACAUGGAGGAGAUAAUAAGAAAACCUGUAGAUAUACAUCGAAGUUAUAUACAAAUGGACAGUGGUAGUCAUAGGGAAGGUUUCAGGUUUAAAUCUUCUGAUAUAGACAUAAUGAUGUGGUCUCCCAAUCAUAAAGUAAUAACUGACUUAUCCCAGUCCAGUGUUUAUGAUCUGUCAAAGCAUACCAUUAUUCUCACGGAGGACACUGAUACACCCCCGGGGUUUGUCAGACUACAGCUUCUGACGCCACCACGAGAUGGAGACAUAGCAUCAUCUGUUAUCCCAUUCAGUGACGGGAUGUACAUAUCAAAUGUAAAGUGGAGACAAAUCAUACUUACAAAGAUAAGUGAAAAUAAAACUAUCACGAAUUUAAAAACUCAUGGUCCUUGUGCAAACGGGUUUUUUAUUCAUAAAGAAGCUGACUAUGCUCUUUGUUUUCAUUGUUCCUACUGGCCACGUUUAUCUUGUUAUUGGAAACAAAGAUGUACCCUACAUAACUGGCCCCUAAACCACGUUUUUUAUGACAUUCUGAGUAAUGGUUGUCAUUUUGUGCCUGUCGGAAUUAAAACUGCAGACGAUGAAAAUGAACUGGACUGGAGAUUAUCCUUUUCUCAGGCAGAACAAAAACUGAUCUAUUCCAUGAACCAUACCCAAUUUUUGUGUUAUGGCCUUUUAAAAAUAUUUUUAAAAGAAGUCGUCAAUCGCAACAUAGAAGAACCAUUCCUGUGUUCAUAUUUUGCAAAAACUACUUUGUUCUGGCUGAUACAAAUAGGAAAUAUUACAUGGUGUCCAAAUAACUUACUGGAUUGUUUCUGGAAAUGUUUUAAAUAUCUAUAUCAUUGCGUUCAUCGAGGCGUGCUUCCUAAUUUUUUUAUCCCACAAAAUAAUAUGUUUGCCGGAAAGUUGUCCACAGUUAGAGGUGCACGCACACGACAGUGUCUAUUAGAACAACUGAACGGGUAUUAUGAAAUGGGCGUGACCUGUUUGUUACAAAGUACGACGGUCAGAGCAAUGAUUGAGCCAGUUAUAUGCAACAGCUUUUUCAGAGUAGAGCCACUUCUGGGUCAUAUCAAGAGUGUCGCUUAUACAGACGCUUGUAUCAAUGAGGAAAUAUGUUGUAUUGAAUUUCCAUUAGGAAACAGUAGAACAAACUUUCUUAUUCUGAGGUCCAUAACAGUUUUGUCAAAUCUAUCACUCACAGAAUAUGAGACGUUAACAUUACAGAAAUGUACGGCAGAUGUUUUGGUAAAAACAGCAUUUUUUUAUCUCAAUAGUUUAACAGAAAAUACAAAUAAGGCAGUCUACAGAUCAGACAGACUGAUUGGUAACUUGUUGAAGCUGGCAGGUAGAGUGGGUGAUGUGUCUCGUUUGUUGUACCUUGCUAUGUAUUACUACAGAACAUGUAGAUACAGAGAGGCGCUUCAUGUUACAGCACUGGUUAAAUCAAGACUCACACAGCCUUAUAUCAUGUAUCACACAGUAUACCGAGAUAGGUACAAUGAAUCAGUGGCUGGUUGGUCUCUGUCUAAACGCAUGAGGAAAGCUUUGGUAUUCAGUGUACACAUGUUAAGUGUGUUAUGUAACUACAGACUAGGUAACCGGUCCCAGUGUCUACAGUCACUGACAGACCUACAGACAAUGCUGCUCUAUGAUGUCGGGGAAUACGUACCUUUCUAUACCAGAGACAUCUCGUGGCAGAUACUGGGGAUCUGUCAGCACGUUGUGGGAGACCUACACGGGGCGUUACAGUCUUAUCAACAGUCAUGGAGACAGGAACCAUAUCAAAAAAUACAGAAUGCCAUAAGCUACAGAAGUGCACUGGUUUUGAAUCAAUUAAAUCAGUGA